CUUCCUCUUUCUGAUUCUAUCUCUCUAAAUCUCCAACUGUUUUCUCUUUCUACAAACCGAUCUUCUUCUUCUUCUUUGUGAUCUUGUUUGAUCUUCUGUUACUAAUAUGACAACUUCAAUGGUGAUGGAGAUGAACCUCGGUGAAAAUAGCGGUGUGAAGCAGAGUGUUAAUGGCGGUGGAGGGAGGAGGAAGACGAAAGGGAGCGAGUUGACUCAGAAGAAAAACAAGCAGCCUCAGAGAGGUAUGGGAGUUGAACAGCUUGAACGCCUUCGGUUACAAGAGAGAUGGAAGAAAAUGACUGAAGUACCCUCACUCCAUCAUCCUUUUGCUCUCCCUGCUUUCAGCUCCUCGUCGUGCACUACUGUUCCAAAUCCAAACACCGGUGUUCAGUUCCGCCCUGCGCAAGGUGCAGCUCCGGCGAUGUUGUUUCACGGGAUCGGAAUCCAUGGAACGAAUCUGUUUUCUACGGCGGAGCAUGUCAUGGACCCGUCUGUGAAUGUUGGAUUCCGAUUUGAUAACUCGAAGGAACUCUCUUCAAUCCCAAACUACGUCGUCAAAUGUGCUUCCGAUGGCUGCGGCGUUUGUCACAAGAAAAAGCGAAUCCACGGUGGAAGCAACUCCUGCUCUGUGAAUCCGUUUCGUAAUCUCGCCGGAAACAACUCCGUCGUCGAGAUGAUCGACGCAGCUAAAACUCGUCUCUGUUCAGGACAGGUGACGGAGGUUAUUUCGGUUUACCGGAACGGUGGAAGUGCGAUGACAGAGUAUGAGUUUUUCCCGGAAAAAGGUGGCAGAGGAACGACGUCAAAAACAUGUUGUGGAAGUGGAAGUGGAAGUGGUAGUGGUGGUUCGGUUGGAGGAGGAACAGUAGCGUUACACGGCGGUGAUCGAUCAUGUGUAACAGCAGCUAUAACUGGAAACGAAGAAGGAAGUAUAUCAUCCGUUGAUCUGUCUUUAAAGCUUUAGUAUUAUCAUCAUCGAUCAUCAGUGGACUCUGAUCAUAUCUUUCACUUUUGUAUGUAAUGCAUGUGAUCGAAGCAUUGGUGCACCUCCUUUCAUAUUACCUCUUUUAUUUUCUUGUUUUUAUUUUAUUUUAUUUUUAAAUAUGCAUAUAUACAAAUGCAUUAAGAUGCAACCAAAUUAGCUGUAAAAUGAAUAGGUUAAAAACCUAUGAUUUUGGUAUUUUAAUGGAAUUUAUAUAUUCUAUAUAUAUGAAAUUAGUUAACAGGUAGUUCAUACAAUUGUCAUGUGAUGUGUUAAGAUUAUGAAUUUAUGAAUUAUGAUAUGAAUCAUUUAUUUAAAUUGUGGUGGGACAAGAUGAAGCUUUUACUGAAAAGCUAUAAAACCCUAGGAUAUACAUACAGUGUAUAUGUAUGUAUGUAUAUAUGUGUGUAGGAGUGGGAUAUGAAGAAAGUGAAGUAGAAAGCUUUCUGUUAAUG